AUGGGAAUACGGCUUCUUCGUAAGUUUUUGGAAAGUAAUCCCGACAAUUUCAAAACUAUCAGGCUGCAUAAGACUCCAAUUAUCGUUGACGGCCCAAAUGCUGCCUUCUCUCUGUACAGCGGAGCCUUAAUUUUGAACCAAUUCAAUGGCGAAUACCUUCAGUUUGCUGCUGUUGUUGAGCGGUUUUUGUUGAAUUUGAGAAAAUGCGAAUUGGAACCCAUCUUUGUUUUUGACGGAGUUACUCCACCCGAAAAGCUUGGCACCUGUAUUGGUCGGCAGAUAGAAUGGCACAAAAAGCUGAGGGCUUUUCAGGAAUCUUGGGCCUGUCGAAACAUGCCGGCGGAAAAAACCGAAGUUCCUGACCUGAACUGCGCCCUGGUGAGUAGUACCCUCAUGGCUGUGCUUCGCCGCCUUCGCAUUGCAUUCUUCUACGCGGACUACGAGGCGGAUCGUCUGAUUGCAGAACUGGCUAUCAAAAUGAACUGUCCAACUCUCCCGUUUAACGCGGAAACCAAACCAUUUGAAGGAAGCAAGCUAUGUGCAGCCUGCGCAAGAGACGUCAUCUUGGGACAGAAACAGACCCCCUGUUGUUAUUACCUCGAGGCAAAAUGUUUUGCGCCCGAGCAAGGCGCCUUUUCAAGACUAGCCGCUCCGCUCAGACCAGUGUUUGCCGUACUCUGGGGCAAUGACUAUGUCCCCUGCGGCUACUUUGAUUCUUGCCUCCCCGACUCUGUUACGCUGAAAGAGGGCUCAAAGGUCGGUGGUCAGAAGAAAAUGGCAAACAUGAUUGAGUGGUUAUCCAGUUUCGGCACAAACCUGCAAACACCCAUCUCUUACGUUAUUUCAAGGUUCCCGCCAGGCGAGAAACAGGAAGCUGAGGAAGCAUUUUUCGCAGGACUUAGUCUCUACUGCAUAGACUGUAAAGGUGACCUUGAACGCUAUGCAAAUUACACGGGCUUAGCGGCUGCUUGGGCAAAGCCCUUGACACCUGGUAGCAUCACCACUACGUCCACCACCACAAACACAGCAGGAAGAGAAUAUGAAGAAAGAGCACGACACGUUCUGCUGGGAGGACAGGGAGAGGCU